AUGUCCAAUUUCAACCGCCUCAAUGAGAUGAAGGCUCUAUAUCGCCAAGAAGUGGAACAACGACGACAGCUUUACAACACACUGAUUGAGCUCCGGGGCAAUAUUCGAGUUUUCUGUCGCGUAAGGCCCAGUUUUGAUCCAGGUGCCUCCUUCGAUAUGUUUGAAGCGCUGGAUGAGAAUAGCCUGGCUGCAAAACUACCAAAUUCUACCCAACGAAAUUAUCAGUUUGAUCGUGUUUUCAGACCCUCCGCCAGACAGGAAGAAAUUUUUGGCGAGCUGCGUGACAUUAUUACGUCAGUUGCCGAUGGAUACAAUGUCUGCAUUAUGGCCUAUGGGCAGACUGGAAGUGGUAAGACAUUCACAAUGCAAGGCCCGCCUAACAGUCCCGGUGUUAAUAUUCGCGCACUUCGGGAGCUCUUACGCAUCGUCAAGGGAAGACAGAGGAUGGAAUACAAACUUACGAUUAAAAGAGUUCAAGGUGUCAACCUUAAUUUAUUUUCUUCACAGGUCAGUAUGGUUGAAAUCUAUAAUGAAACUAUCGUUGACCUCAUCAGCCCAUCGAAUGGAUGCGAAGUUCUGGACUUACGCAACCUCGGGGCCACGGUUACUGUCGUUGGAGCAACGUGGGCGUCAGUUGAAACUGAGGAACAGAUUCAUCAGAUUCUAGCAAGGGGCGAGAAGAAUCGUCAUGUGGCUUCUACGAAGAUAAACUCCACCAGGUUGGUUUAA